ACUCAAACUCAAACGCAUUGCUUUUUGUAUGAAAAAGUUUUUUUUUAAAACGCAUUGCUUUUUGUUCAUUUUCUUCCCGAUCCAUCUACUUCCUUUGUGGCAUUCUUUCCAAACUUUCAUUUUUGUUGGUUUAAUAGUUUUGGCUUUGCCUUUGUGAUUUUCCUUUUGACUUCUCAAAUUAAACUACAUUUCAUUCUUCUAACCCAAAACCAAAACAAUUCUCGAUCCCUAAAUUUCAAUCCAAAAUUUCAUCCCAUGUGAGCAUUCAAUAGCAGAUCGGCUGAUUGGUAUUGGACGAGGUCUCAAACUCUCACUCUGAACUUUCUCAGCACCAAAACGCAAAACUUGUCAAUGAAUGAGUGCUGUUAUUGAAGUGCGCCCUCCUCCUCAUCUUUGGAUCGGUGCUUGCGCAAUCCGUACAUGGCGGCUCCAAGAAAUCUGGUGGGGGACGCGGGGAGGCUGCUGAGGGAUGAGGAGAGUGCAAAGGAGGACGAUUGGUCCGCCGGAAAGAAGCCCAAGUCCGAGAGGUUUCCGCUGACGCGAUGGGAGUUCGCGGCGGCUCUCGGCGUUUUCGUGGUCUUCUCUACCGGCCUCAUCUGCGUCUACUUGACCAUGCCCACCGCCGAGUAUGGUAAACUCAAGCUGCCGCGCACCAUUGCCGAUCUUCGCUUGCUCAAAGAUCAUCUUGCAACAUAUGCAAAAGACUAUCCGGCACAAUUCAUUCUGGGUUACUGCUCUACUUACAUCUUCAUGCAGACUUUUAUGAUUCCUGGAACAAUUUUUAUGUCAUUGCUAGCUGGAGCUCUUUUUGGUGUCAUGAGAGGCCUUCUGUUGGUUGUCUUUAAUGCUACAGCUGGAGCAUCAUCCUGCUUCUUUUUGUCUAAGUUAAUUGGCAGGCCUUUAGUUAGUUGGUUGUGGCCAGAAAAGUUGAGAUUUUUUCAGGCAGAGAUUGCAAAGCGUAGGGAAAAGCUGCUGAAUUACAUGCUUUUCCUGAGGAUAACUCCAACAUUGCCGAACCUUUUUAUCAACUUGGCGUCUCCAAUUGUUGAUAUACCAUUUCAUGUUUUCUUUCUGGCGACUUUUAUUGGUCUUAUUCCAGCAUCUUAUAUCACAGUCCGAGCUGGCCUUGCUCUUGGGGAACUCAAGUCAGUCAAGGAUCUCUAUGAUUUUAAAACCUUGGUUGUGCUUUUCCUUAUUGGUUCUGUGAUUAUAUUUCCAACCCUUUUGAAGAGGAAGCGAAUUUAUGAAUGAACGUUCUGGUAGUGAGAAUGCCAUUCCAUGCUUCUGUCUGAAAGGUGGGUCUGUAGACUUAAGAUUAAUAGCUAAAUGUUACAACAACGGCGAAGUUUAAUUUUCCAGUAUCCAGAAGGGAGUACGUUUUUUUCAAUAUACGCUCCACAAAAGCAUUCUUUACUAGGUAAUGUAUUACGGAGUUCAAAUGGUGUUUGGAAAGAUACUGUGCAGAAUAUUUAUGAAUUUAUCAUUGCUUUAGGCUCAUGUAACCUUGAUAGUCCUUGUAACAUGUUUUACAAUUACAUAUGGCAAAGUUUAUAAUAACGAAGUAUGCAGAAAGCUGUUGUCGAGCUAUAA